UUUUACUAUUGGGCUAUCGAAGAGCUGUUACGACUUGAGAAAUUGAUCGGAACUCUUAAAGGCAGAAACAAGCGAAAAAGAUCGAUAAAAUCCGACUAGGUUAUUCCGGUAUCAUCUGAUAGCAGUGAUUUCCAAUCUUCUUCAGCCUAAUUGUUAUCUGCGCCUCUCAGUUGAUUUGGUAUACAAUUGAUUAUGGGAGGUCAUGGAGGUCUGAAUAUCCUUCCCCAGAAGCGCUGGAAUGUGUACAAUUACGAGAACAGGGAGAAAGUACGGCGCGAUGAAGAGGAAGCAGCAAGAGAAGAACAGUUGAAACGUGAGCAGGCGAGAAAGAGGGAUGCUGAGUUUCGUCUGGAGCAGCUGCGGGCUGCUCGAGGUUUGGCUCCGCUAAUUAAACCUCAGGAACCUGAUGAAUCAGAGCCAAAAUCUGGCCACAUUAAUCUUUUUGAAGGUAUUAAGAUUUUUGACCCAAUUAAAGGAUUAGAAGAUGACAGUGCUGUAGAAAGAGAUGGGUCGAAGAAGAAGAAGAUGAAGAAAGAGGAUCCAAAGCCCAAAAUUGUGACUCCAGAUGAUGAGAAAUACAGGUUAGGUUAUGGGCUUGCAGGGAAGGGGGUUAAGCUUCCUUGGUAUCUCCAAAAACCAAAUGAUGACGCUCAUAGUGAUAAUGGCUUUGAUGAUGAUCACCCAAAGGAUGAGAAAAAGAGGAGUGGGAAGAAAACAUUGGAAGAGUUGAGGGAAGAAAGACUGAAAAGAGAGAAGCGAGAGAAGGAGAGGGAGGGAGCUUUGCUGCGACAGAAGCGCCAGCGCAAUAGAGAUGUUACUGGCUAUAGGAAGUUUUCCAGGCGAUGAUCGAGGCAAGCGAAUUUCCUGCUCCUUAUCUAGUUGCACCUUGUUUUGCCCUAGUGAGGAUCGAGGUAGCUCAAUACAUGGCAAAUUGAAGGCAAAUUCACUAGCAACUGCAUUUCCACGACAUUUCGAGAAUAUGAAUAUCACAACCUCAUGAAUAUUGAGUGUAUUAGAAAUCUGCCCCAGCUUGAUUGUAAUUGCUUUAGGAAUUACUUCCAGUCGAGGAAGAUGAUCAAAAUUGUUUGUAUUGACCCUGCAAAUUGGAAAGUAUGAAAAUCAGCUCCACAGUGAAUCGGGGGUAAAUAUUGGCUGGCAAUUUUGAUUACGCUGUUUUUCGGCUUACUUAACGUUGUACCUGCUGACAAUCAGUUCCCAUACUGAAUAAUCCGUUCACUGAGAAUGUCACAUUAUAUUGCAUGGCAUGUAAUUUAUUGGAACUGUGAAGAUUUGAAGAGAUGGAAGAUAGUAAAUGAGAAAAGAAUUGGCCUUCUCCCUUCAGA